AUGUCACCACUUGAACCUUUUUCCAAUCAAUCUGUUGAUUCAUCAACCGAAGAAAUUGUAAAUGAUGAAGUAACAUCAUUAAAUUAUCAAAGGAAACCUUUUACAAAAGAAGCGACGAUUUUCACAAAGGACAACGUACCAACGAUCCUUGAGAUUAGAAAAAACAUCCCUUCAAAAUAUUUUAAUCCAUCAAUUAAAAGAUCAUUUCAAUAUGUAGCAUGGGAUCUAAUAAUCGUAUCAAUACUAUUCUUGACAUUCUACCAAUUAAAUUCAAUCACAUCUAUCCCUUCGAUUAUAAAAAAUUUUGUCUUGUUGCCAUCAUAUACUUUCGCUCAAGGUACUAUGUUUUGGGCCAUAUUUGUUUUAGGUCAUGAUUGUGGUCAUGGUAGUUUUAGUCGAUACCCUUUAUUAAAUGAUAUAGUCGGUACAUUCUUACAUACAUUAAUUCUCGUCCCUUAUACUACGUGGAAACUGAGCCAUCGUCAUCAUCAUAAAAAUACCGGCAAUAUCGAUAAAGAUGAGGUGUUUCAUCCCGUCAGAAAAGUCGAAGCCGCUAAAAUGAGCGGUAAUGAUGCUGAAACGAAAAUUAUACCUUAUUUUGGAUUUGGCGUGGGUUGGUUGGUUUAUUUGAUACAAGGUUACGGACCAAGAGCCGUUUCUCACAUAAACCCUUUUCAUCCUUUAUUUCGUAAAAAUCAUUUGGCAGCGACAAUUUCUGUAUCAACAGUUGUUAUCAAUUUAUCAUUCUUAAUUUACUUGUCUAGUAUUUUUGGUACCUUUUCGAUUAUAAAAUAUUAUUUUCUUUCUUGGGUCGUGUUUGCUAGUUGGUUGGUAAUAACAACUUUUCUUCAUCAUCAUGGCGUUGAAGAAAAUUUGAAAUUACCUUGGUUCUCAAAUGAUCAAUGGAAUUACGUCGUCGGUAACCUUUCAUCGGUAGACCGGGAUUACGGUAUGUUACAUGAGGUGACCCAUUCCAUUGGUACUCAUCAAGUUCAUCAUCUUUUCCCCGCAAUACCUCAUUAUUAUCUUAAAGAAGCCACAUCAUCAUUUCAACAAAAAUAUCCUCAUUUUAUACGUGAAUCAAAAGAACCUAUCAUGAAAACUUUUAUUGAUAUAUUAUAA